CAGCAUCGCUCACGACAUACCAGGAUGGCGUCUGGCUUUGGUUUCAACGGAGGCGUACCACGUUGUUUCCCGUACUGGCAGGAGUUCCAGAAGUGCUAUGCUCAGACAGAUGUGCCAGCCAAGUGCCGGCCGCCGCUAGACGACUACGUAGAGUGCUUGCACCAUACGAACGAGAUUGCUCGCGCGAAGACCAUCAAGGCCGAGUUCAUCCGCAAGGCCGAGCACGAGGCGACGGAAGGUCGGAAAGCGGCAGACAUUAUCGCGGAUGGAGCCAUCGUUGGUGUGGGUUUGAUCAAGCGAAGUCAGGAGGAAGGAGAGUCAAAGUAGUCCCCCGGGCAGCUCAAUACAUUGCUUUGGACAUCUGAGCCCCUUGUCCAUUGCGGAUUGUUGUGUGCCGACGGUACCCAGGUUCAUGCAUUUCCGAUUCAGACCUGAGUUCUUACAAGAGCAAACUUGCGCAAGGAUGCGCUAUUUCACCUAUGGGCGGAACUGUAUGUGUGAGUGCAUAGAUUCGUCAGUACGCUGUAAAUACAAUUUCUCAGUUAGCCCAGUAGUUUCUCUGCAAUCGCUGGGUUGGACGUUGAUGCAGUCAUAACAGACUCUGACCUAGAUUAUACCUGAUAUGGAAGAAUGAUCGGACCUGGUCGGAGUUGCAACUAUCUCGAUCCGCAUCGCGAACGUC